AUGGUUAAGGAGAAAUUGAAGGACGGUGGUAGUAAUGAUCAGAGAGCUAACUGGAAAAACCCUAAGGAACUACAAGCUUUUUGUCAGUUCUGUGCUGCUCAAAUCCUAGCCUGCCAGAGGAAAGGAGGAUUUUUGACCAAAAUUGGGGUUGACAACGUGAUUGAACAGUUGGGUAACAUGGGAAAAGUGUGUUUUGACAAUGAGACUGGGUUGGGUUAUGAUGCUGGAACUGGGAUGCUUGAGGCCCCUGAUGAGUGGUGGACUCGAAAGAUUGCAGCAUGUCCCCUUGCAAAAACCUUUAAAAAUAAAGGUUUGCCGAAUUGUGACUACCUGAACAUCAUGUAUGGAGGCACGGUUGCAACGGGGAAAAAUGCGUUCUGCACGAGUGGUCAAUUACCAAAGGAAACCACCGAAGGUUCUGGGGACUCUGCUGAUAGCACAGAAUUUGUUGACCCCCAAUGUGAAUCGUUUGUGAAUGUUGACGCAAUGGAGGUUGAAGGUCCAUCAUUGUCGAGGGCAGAACCAACAGUGAGUAAGGAGAAAGGCUUGGCAACCAGUGUCCACCUUUUUAAGCCAAUAAAUGGAAGUACACGUAAGGAUAUUGCUUCCACAGCAACUACUCAGGUUAAAGCCAUUUUGGACACGGUGUUGAGUCUUCCAGGGGUGUACUCGGGUCAUUACCUUCAUCUGUUUAGCACCAUCUACUUCAUGGAAAAAGAGUGGGGUAGGCACAUGUUUCCUACCCUUGGUGAUGACAAGGAUAUCCAACUGAAAUGGCUAGAAAAAGAGUACCAAAGGCACCCUAAAUUUCAUUUUGACUGA